CUGUCAUUGCGCCUGUCGAUGUCAGUUAAUUCUUCCGUUUAGUCUAGUGACGCCAUUGUGAGCCGUAACGACUUUCAAGAGCACGGAGUUAAAUCUUAAAUUUCUUAGUUAAUCUUGGUAAAGAGACACAGAAAAAGCUUUAAAAAUGGCAGAUGAUAUGCCCACAUUCAAAUGCGUGCUCGUCGGAGAUGGUGGUACUGGAAAAACUACAUUUGUAAAAAGACACUUGACUGGAGAGUUCGAGAAACGAUACGUCGCCACACUCGGUGUUGAAGUACAUCCUUUAGUGUUCCACACAAACAGAGGCCCCAUUAGAUUUAAUGUUUGGGAUACAGCUGGUCAGGAAAAGUUUGGAGGACUCAGAGACGGUUAUUAUAUUCAAGGACAAUGUGCUAUCAUUAUGUUCGAUGUAACCUCUCGAGUAACGUACAAAAAUGUACCAAACUGGCACAGAGAUUUGGUCAGAGUAUGUGAAGGCAUACCUAUUGUAUUAUGUGGUAACAAAGUAGACAUCAAGGACAGAAAAGUCAAAGCCAAGACCAUUGUUUUCCACAGGAAAAAGAACUUACAGUACUAUGACAUCUCUGCAAAGUCCAACUAUAACUUCGAGAAACCUUUUCUCUGGCUGGCAAGGAAAUUAAUUGGUGAUGGUAACUUAGAAUUUGUUGCUAUGCCAGCUCUUGUGCCACCAGAAGUCACAAUGGACCCACAAUGGCAAAACCAAAUUGAAAAAGAUCUCAAGGAGGCACAGGACACUGCAUUGCCUGAAGAAGAUGAAGACUUGUAAAUAAUGAAGAAUUCUUAAAACCCAGUGCCCUUUAAAUGUGAUUAAAAGUGCAUGCAGGCUUACAAGUACAUGCUAUGUUUUUAACAAAUUCAUUCCAUUAGGUUUCAGUCCGUCAAAAUCUAACUUGAAUUUCUCAGCCAGAUAACAUACAUACAAUGUAAUCAUUACAUACGUCAUCUUUAUAUCCUGAUCUGUAAUAAUUUAAAAAUUUUCUUUCCUAUUUUUUAAUUGUAUUUUAUAGUAUUAAUUUAAUAAAUACAUCUUAGGUAAAUGAGCUUUUUAUUGAAGCUAAGAGUGAUGCCAGCGUCAUAAGUACUGCAUUUUCAAACAGUGAAAUUAGUUAUUAAUGGCAAAUGUGUAAUUUCUAAAAAGUAACUUACAUGAUAUUGGAUUGUACAUCAUCUAUUGUAACAAAUUUGUUUUUCAAAUAUCCUUUUUUUUUUUGUUACGUUUAUGAAUGACAAUAUUUCACUGAAAAAUUGUGGUGAUACUUUUUCAAUAAAGUUGUAAAAAUA